UAGGUAGGAGCAUCACAGGUGUCUCAAACAGCAUCCUGUUUAGAACUUUCAGACCUCUUAUUAACCCAGUAUAUUCACUGUUUACAUGUUCUUUCUCUGAAGUCCUGAGCAUGGCUGUAUCUUUCAAUUUUAAGCCGGGCUAGAAAUCUAUUUUAAUCGUUUCAGAGACUAACUUGCCUAUAGUACAGAUGCAAAAGCAAGAUUUUUAAAAAUUGAGGUAUCCUACAUGUUAAAGAGCCAUACCAAAUUGCACGGACAUUACACAUCACUGUCACAUUCCCACUGUCCAAAUUCCUUGGCUUCUCAUCUAAUUUCAUAUAAAAUAAAAAUGUAAGAUCUUGAGAGCAGGGACUAGCUUGCAUAUAGACAGGAGGAAGUUAAACCAGCUGCACUCCCAUUUUGUAAACUCUAAAUUUGGCUGAGACCCCCCUGACACAGAGCUCUGACCCCACAGAGCUGCCAUGACCAUGUGGGGCACCAUCAUGUCCUCGAGCAGGACUGCGGAGCCGGCGCUGCAGAUCCUCCUCCAUGUGCUGAGCGCCUGGCCAGUGGACAGCGUGUACACCUCCGAUGGGGACAGCACAGGAGUCUUUGCCCUGGCUGCAACCAUGACACUGUGGAGGGUCUUCAAUCUGACCUGGUGCCCCCCUGUAGUGCUGGAGUAUUUCCCCAGUCUCUUUCUGCGUCUGCUCUUCCAAGCUUACAUCAGCACGCUGGAUAUUUCAGAAGAGGUUGAUACCUUCUGGAAGGCGCUCUGGCAACUCUUUGACAAUGACAACAGCCUUGUGCAGCUGCUCUCCGUUCGCCUCUUCCAAGAGCUGAUGAAGCUGGUGGUGGCCAAGGGAAAAAAGCCCCUGAAGAAGCGUGUGAGCAAGAGCCUGCUCCCACUCUUCUUCAACUGCCAUGAUGAGAACCAGCGUGUGGCACAGGCCUCUCGGGAAACGCUGCUUUCUGCAGUCAAGUUCCUGAAGAGAAGGGAUCUUCAGCACCUGGUGAAGACGGAUCAGAUGUGGAGCUUUGCCGAGUGCUUGCUGGCAGAGGACAGGAGCCGAGCGGCCGAGCACCUGCGCCUGGCGCUGCCCUACCUGCAGAGCCCGCAGGAGCCCCUGCGAGAGGCGGCCGUCAGGUUCAUCGGGCUCGCCGGGCGCUACCUGAGAGGGAAGCAGCAAGAGUUCUGGAUCAUCUGCAGGGCCCUUCAGGACAUGAUGGAUGACAUCAGCCCUGCCAUCUCAUGCCUGGCACUUCAAACUCUGUACAUCAAUUUAGCUGUACAGAGCAUUCCCUCCUCCCGCCCCCGGGAUAUGCACGAUCAACUCCGCCGGCUCUGGAGGUCAUGGCCUUUCCUGCGUCGCUGUGGCUGGCUGUCCUGCUGCAGCGCUGUGGAGAACUGAUCCGCGAGGCUGCGUCUGCUGGGGCCACCCGAGCCUGCGGGGAACAACUCCCCUCUGCAAGCGCUUCCUUUCACCCCGCUGUAGGAUUAAUAAAUGGCUGUUGUCAUA